UUUAAAAAAAAAAAAAUUCUAAAAGUGAUCAAACUAAACGAAGAAAAAAGGAAUAGCAUCAGGAAGAAUCCAAAAGCACAAUAAAGCUGCUUGUGAGCUUUUUUUUUUUUGCCCCCCUCCCGUCAGAGCAGCUGGAGCGCAUUGAAGAAGGUUUGGAUCAAAUCAACUCGGACAUGAAGGAAGCCGAGAAGAACCUGACCGACUUGGGAAAAUGCUGCGGCCUCUGUGCUUGUGACAAGGUGACGCAGGACGCCCGCGAGGACGAGAUGAACGACAACCUGGCGCACGUGGGCAGCAUCGUGGGCAACCUGAGGUGCAUGGCGCUGGACAUGGGCAACGAGAUCGACUCGCAGAACGUCCAGAUGGAACGCGUUCGGGGCAAGGCCAUCCUGAACGUGACGCGCAUCGACACCGCCAACCAGAAAGCCAACAACCUCAUGAAAAGAUAGAAGACAUCAUCGCAUGAGAAGACACGCGACGGCGUUUCGCCGGCCGCUUUGUUCCGAGCGCCGCGCGCCGAUCCCGCAAUGCCGUCCUUCCCCAAAAGUGCCCAAUAAAGCCCAAAAUUCACCAGGACUUGAUGCGCAUUCUGUGUGGGUGGUGAUGGCGGUGGCGCCG